UUCUCUGCGAAACCCGCUGACAUGUGGUUAUCCCCUGGUUAUCCCCUUCUAUGAAUAUGACCAGUUUUGAUGAGCUCCGGCACUAGCUUUAUUUAACAGAAGAAAGCACAAAGCGAUUAUCGUUUUCAAUCCUUCCCUUCCUUUUUGUUAAACAGGCUCAGAUGUCUUCCUUGAACUCGACGCUGGGUGUUCUCGAGAUAGGUAUCUUGAUAUCCGGGGUGUUGUUUGGUGUCGUCACUACCCAAGUCUAUGUCUAUCACAAGAACUUCCCCAAAGAUUCGCUCUGGCUUCAACUCGGUUUAGUUGAUGGCAUGUGGCUCAUCGAGCUCGGACAUACGAUGUGCAUCUUUCAUGCUAUCUACUUCUACACUGUAGCCAACUAUGGGGACCCCAAAGCGCUCCUGGUCGCCCCCGUCACAUUAGGUAUAGCCGUAGUCUUACACGGGAUAACAACCAUCCUAGUUCAAGCAUAUUUCACUUACCGGAUUUUCCGCUUUUCGAAGAAGCCCUACCUUAUUCCGAUUUUCAGCACUUUCUUGAUGUUUGCCCAACUACUUGCUGUUACAACGUUGAGUGCUGAGGCAAUAAAGGUUGCCCAAAUUAGCUUGGGUCUCUAUCUCGAGAAGUGGGAAUGGCUGCUUUUGACUACACUCUGGCUGCGUGUGGCUGCAGACCUCACAAUCUCAUCGUCGUUGGUGUUCUUCUUGUACCGACAACGAGAUAACGCCUACAAGAGCACGGUCUUGGUCGUCGACCGAUUAAUCCGCUGGACUAUCGAAACGGGCGUUGUGACAAGCAUGCUUGGUAUUAUAUUGGUGAUAUCAUACCUUACCGCCAAAGAGAAUUUCGCCUGGCUCGCGCUCUUCAUGGUACUUCCGAAAGUGUUCUCCAACACAUUAUUAGCAAACAUGAAUUCGCGAGCUUCUCUGCGCACCAUGCAAACCUCCGUUGAAGUUUCGGGCACUAGUGGCCCCGUUACGAAUCGCAGCAGGACUCUUGCAACCGGUAUGGCAGUGUCGGUCCACACGGAGAUGGACACCUUUGAUAUAUCCCGCGGCGGAAACUGGACCAUUGACAGUACUCCCGACAAGAAGUACGAGUCUGUAUGACUAUGAACUACUUUGCAUGUAUCACUGGGAUCAGGGCAAAACGAUAGCUGGACUUUGAGGUUAUGGAAACGCCGACUUUUGUUAUUGAUAAUUAUUGACUUCUGGCCAAUUCUUGGGCUGUGUUGUAUUUGUUAUUGUAACUUGCCUAAUAUUCAGGAGCGUGUCACCUAUAGAACUCGUAAAUGGAGGAAGAUGGACGUUCAAGUUGAAAGAUUUGUUUACAGUAAUUUAUAGAUCAUACUUGCUAU